ACCUGAAGGUGCAUGUACAAGGAACCAGACGGUAGAUGUCUCCCUACUCCGUGCAGCUGGGAGUCUUCACGGGUACGAUGCUGUCUACGGAUGACCGAGUCGCCAUUUUGAAAAGCAAAUCGUUCACAGCACACCCGCCCUGAGUACUGGAACUAUGCCGCGGGGCCGGCCUCGCAAACUGAGAGUUAAAAGCAGCGACGAAACAGAUGCGGAUCCCAGUGAUGCUAAGGCGGAAAGUUUCAGUGAUGGAGAGCUCAAAGACAAGAAGUGCACAAUAUGCUCUCAGAUCUUUACCACUGAGAGCCAGCUGCAGAAGCAUCUCCGCGAACAUGAGAUCAACGAUAAGCCUCAUCGAUGUGACCAGUGCCCACAGACGUUUAACGUGGAGUUCAACCUCACACUCCACAGGUCCACACACACCACGUCCGACUUCACUUGCCCGGUCUGCAAUAAAAAGUUCUCCCGCAUCGCCAGCCUCAAAUCUCAUGUCAUGCUGCACGAGAAGGAGGAGAAUUUAAUCUGUGCAGAGUGCGGAGAUGAGUUCGUUCUUCAGAGCCAGCUCUCCCUGCACUUGGACGAGCACCGUAAAGAGCUGUCGGGCAUCAAGGUCUACACCUGCAAGACCUGCGAAAAGGAGUUCAAGACGUCCGCGCACCUCAAGGAGCACAUGAAGAGUCACGUCAAAAUGAGGCCGCUCAAUUCAAGUUCCAGAAACUACAAGAAAAACAUUGACCGCAGUGGGUUCACAAACAGCUGCCAUCACUGUGGAAAGGCUUUCAAAAAGCCCAGCCAGCUUGUUAGGCACAUACGAAUACACACAGGUGAGAGGCCUUACAAGUGUUCACACUGCAACAAGGCUUUCAACCAGAAGGUGGUGCUGCAGACUCACAUGGUGAGACACACUGGAGAGAAACCUCACCUCUGCAUGUUCUGCCCUGCUUCCUUCUCCCAGAAGGGGAACUUGCACUCCCACGUUCAGAGAGUUCAUUCAGAGACUAAAGGCGUGCCGCUGUUCCCGUGCAUGGACUGCAGCUGUGCAUUUAAGAAGCUGGGCAGUUUGAAUGCCCACAUCAGCAAGAUGCACAUCUCUGUUAUUGAGGUGCCCUCCAGCACUCCGGAGACAGAGACGACAGGUCAGGCUCCUGGGGGAUCAGAGGGCGGCGAGGGGGUGACAGAUGUCAUCCAGCAACUUUUAGAGCUCUCUGAACAGGUCAGCGGUGAGACAGCCCAGCCUCAACCUCCAGAGCCAGCUAUUACCAUGGAAACUGCCAUCAACCAGGACAUCCUGCAACAAGCUCUGGAGAACAGCGGGCUGAGUGUGGUUCAGCCGCAGGGUGACGCCACACCCAGGGAGUCGCAGAACCAGACCACUGAGGGCGCCGCUGUAGAAAGCAAGAAAGUACAAGGCCCUGACAAACCAGCCAGGGAGAAGAAAAGGAGCAUUUUCAAGAAACCUAUACAAAUGCCAGGCUCCAUCAGGGAGGAGAAUGGUGUUCGUUGGCAUGGCUGCCCAUACUGCUCCAAGGAGUUCAAGAAGCCCAGCGAUCUUGUUCGCCAUAUUCGCAUCCACACCCACGAGAAGCCUUUCAAGUGCAAACAGUGCUUCAGAGCUUUUGCUGUCAAGAGUACCCUCACCGCACACAUGAAAACGCACACGGGUAUCAAGGCCUUUGAGUGUCAGUGCUGUCUGAAGUGCUUCUCCACUUCUGGCAGCAUGAAAGUACACAUGCGUCUGCAUACAGGUGUCCGUCCUUUCCCCUGCCCUCACUGUGACAAGAUCUUUCGUACAUCAGGCCACAGGAAAACACACAUUGCUUCUCACUUCAAAAGCUUACAGCAGAAGAAGCACAAGUUUCCCCGAAAAACCAACAAAGCCAAAGUGUCCAAGAGUAACCUACCUCUGCCUGAUAUCCCCCUGCAGGAACCCAUCCUCAUCACUGACUUUGGCCUCAUCCCAUCCCAGAACCCUCGUUUGGCUUUCCAACAAUACCUGGAGGUGAUGGGCAACGACCGGCCGUACAAGUGCCAGUUCUGUAGUAAGGCCUACAAGAAAUCAAGCCAUCUGAAACAGCAUGUCAGGUCUCACACAGGAGAAAGGCCCUUCAAGUGUGUGCAGUGCAGUCGGGGUUUCGCCUCCUCAGGAGUCCUCAAGGCUCACAUCAGGACCCACUCAGGCCUAAAGGCAUACAAGUGCCUGAUGUGCGACACCACGUUCACCACCAGUGGCAGCCUGCGACGCCACAUGACCACCCACAGCGACCUGCGACCUUACAUGUGCCCUUACUGCCAGAAGACCUUUAAGUCAUCACCCAACUGCAGGAAGCACAUGAAAACACACAGAUAUGAACUGGCCCAGCAGCUGCAGCCCCAGUCAACAGAAGACCACUUAGGAGGGAGCACUGUGGCCCAUGAUAUUCAGGUGGAAAUAGAAGGGGAUUCCCUCCAGCAACCGUCUGCUACCUCAGCAGACCAACAAAGCAUGCUGGGACUGGGCCAGACAGAAGUUGUGAAUGGAGGUCAACAAGUGACGUUGGAGGCACCACUGACUGACCAACCCCUUGUUCAAGGUGAAGACUCAUACGUGACUACCCAACAUGCUUUGCCUCAGAAUAUCAGCCAGUAUGAGACACCAACACUCCCUCAGCCCGCUUUUGACCAACAAGCUCUAACCCAAGGCUUCACCAUCACUGAAUCAAGCUACAAUCAGUCCCAGUUCUCCACUGUUCAGCAGCUGCAGGAUUCCAGCACCCUGGAGUCUCAGGCCCUAUCUUCCAGCUAUCACCCCCCAAAUCUGCUCCACGUUUCCAGUGCUGAGGUGGUGCAGUUGGUGUAAUAAGGGCUUCAAAAAGUCAAGCCAUCUGAAGCAGCAUGUGCGCUCCCACACUGGGGAGAAACCAUUCAGAUGUCACAUCUGUGAACGAGCCUUUGUAUCAGGCGGGGUGCUGAAGUCCCACCUCAAUACACACACAGGAGUGAAGCCCUUCAAGUGUAAUGUCUGCGACGCCUCAUUUACUACCAAUGGCAGCCUGAACCGCCACAUGAUUAUCCACAUAAAGUCUUUCAAAUGCUCCAUGUGUGAUGAGAGCUUCAGGACCAGCCUGCUGUGUAAAAAGCAUAUGAAGAAGGAGCAUGCUGUGGAGGAUCAAAUUCUAGGCCUGGAUAGUCAAGACGUCGAGGAAGAGGAGGAGGAGGAGGAAGAAGACGAGGAAGGGGACCAGAAGACAUUGAAGAGGAGGGGCUUGGAAAUCAUCACAUUCACCGAGGAGCAGGCGGCCGAGCUGGCCAAAGAUCCCGGUGAGGAGGCCUCGGUGUCGGAGAGGAUCCUCGCCCAGUCAGCAGCUGAGAGGGAUCGGAUCAGCGAGAUCAAAGACAAGGCCGUGGAGCUGGAGACGGAACCCAAGUUUGCCAACUGCUGCGGCUUCUGCCCCAAGAGCUUCAAGAAGCCCAGUGACCUGGUCAGGCACAUUCGGAUCCAUACAGGGGAGAGACCUUACAAGUGUGAUGAAUGUGGGAAGAGCUUUACGGUGAAAUCUACCCUGGACUGCCAUGUGAAGACACAUACAGGUCAGAAACUGUUCAGCUGUCACAUGUGCAAUACCUCCUUCUCAACAAAGGGCAGCCUAAAAGUGCACAUGCGCCUCCACACUGGCUCCAAGCCCUUUAAAUGUCCCUUCUGUGAACUCCGCUUCAGAACUUCAGGCCACCGCAAAACCCACAUCCAGUGCCACUUCCGGCCAAGCAGCGAAAGAAACAAAUCCAAGCGGUCUGCCUCGUCGAGUGGUCAGGCCAAUCAGGGUCAAGACCCAGGGACGGGGCAGGCUGUGGCAACGGGCCAGGGGCAGCAGCAGUCAGUUUCAGAGGCUCUUCAACCCGUGGGUCUGCUACAAACCCCCAACUCUGACCCCAACAUUUACCUCCCAGCCAACCAAGUCCUAACAGGGCAGUUUGACCAAAAUCUACUGCAACCAGGACUAGUGGGACAAGCCAUCCUGCCUGCCUCCAUGUCAGCUGCUGGAGACCUGACUGUGUCGCUCCCAGAUGGCCUGACCACACUGGAUGGCAUCCACCUGCAGUUGACGCCUGCCAACCUGGUGUGCCCCAACGUCCAGAUCUCUGGCAUCGACACCAGCAACAUCAACAACAUCACACUACAGAUUGACCCUGCCCUCCUCCAGCAGACCUUACAACAAGGCGGCCUCCUUUCUCAACCCCUGAGUGUUGACACCACUGGCCUCGUCUCCCACUCUGGCAGCCAGCUCAUGUCCACCACUGACCCCUCCGUGUCCGCCAACGUCGUCAUCCACCCACUGACCAGCCUGGCCCUGCAGCCCUCCGCCAUCACACCUGCUCAGGUCACAAUGGCCAGCCUCUCUGAGCAGGAUGCUACAGGGUCUCAGGACCUAAGCCACGUCAUGGGCAGCUCGGGGUUGAUAGCCGGAGGCGCCAAUGGUCAGGAGAUCACACUGACCAUCAACAAUCCCAGCCUGACUCAAGCCCUUGCCUCAGCUUCUUGUUCCGGCGCUGCAGCAGGAAACCCUCAGGAGAUCACCCUCACCAUAUCAGGUCAGGAUCUGCUCGCCCAGCAUAGCAACCAUAAUGGUGCCGAAAUGAACGGCAGCAUCAGGCUGGCAUCACCACUUAAUAGCCAGCCCACCAGCGCGACCCUGACUAUCACCAAUGACCACCUCCUACCUCAGAGCCCCGCCAACACUGGAAUGGCAGUCUCCAGCCUACCCCCUAGCACCACCCUGUCACAUACUACAGUGUCUCAGAGCCUAGUGAUGUCACCAGGAGGCGUGGCCAGCGAUAACAGCGUCACACUGACACUGGCAGAUGCUCAGGGUAUGCUGGAGGGUGUCACUCUAAACCUCAAUACACAGGGUCAGACCUUUCCUGCGGUUCUGAAUGAUUCCAGUCUAUCAGGACAGCCAGCCAGCUCGGGCCAGCAGGUCAUACUAGUCAGCCACCAUUCCCAAUCCACAAAUGGAGCGUCAGACAAUGGAUACAAUAUCACUGAUGACAGCCAUAAAGGGGGGAAGGACUGCCAGGCGGAGGCUGAUAAUCGGAACCAGUGUUACUACUGUAAUCAGGUGUGCCAGAACGCCAACACACUGCGACGCCACUGUAGACAAGCUCACGGCAAGGACCGCUGUCACGUCUGCAGUCUCUGUAACAAGGCCUUUAAGCGAGCUACACACCUGAAGGAACAUGAACGAGUGCACCAGCCGGGCCCAUCACCCAGCUCCCAGAAACCCAGAGUCUUCCACUGCUCCUCCUGCGCCAAGUCCUUCGCCAAGCGCAGCCAGCUGGAGAGACACAACCGAACACACACAGGCGAGCGGCCCUUCAAGUGCAGUCAGUGCGACAAGGCCUUCAACCAGAAGAGUGCUCUGCAAGUCCACAUGGUCAAACACACUGGAAAAAAGCCCUUCAAGUGUGAGGUGUGCAGCAUCAGGUUCACCCAGAAGAGCAACAUGAAACACCACAUGAAGAGAUCCCACGGCUACGGUCAGAUCCAAGAAGUGUCCCUGAGCCAAGAAGAACAAGCGGCCCAGGUUGAGGUAACGCCUGAACUGGACCUGGAGGUGGUUCCUGAAUCAUCCGGGGACUGGCACAGUGUCUUCCCCUGAACACGAACAACACAAGUCCUAGAGUCAAAAAGCACUGUACUGCUUCCUGAGCACUGAUUGAGUUUUACAACUGAACAGCAAAGUUUUGCCAAACCUUUUCCUCGUCUCAAAAGGGUUAUUCGGUUAGAAAAAAAGAUUGAAGACAUCGUAGAUUUGCUCCACUGUAUGUCGAGGGCUUUUACCCAAGUAGCAGUCCCCUGCUGUUUAUCCAAAUUAGCAGUCAAGUAAGGGGAGUCUGGUUCCCUGUGAUUGGCUUAAUGACUUUUAUCUGUUUUGCGACUGUCUGAUUGUCAUCAAUAUGAUGACCUCCGGAGAGGUUUGGCUCAAUAAACGCAGGCAUCCCAGAGAAUUCACUCAGGAGAUGCAGGUCCCUCUCAUGCUGACCCUGUUGGAAAGAGAGGAAACUGUAUUCUGCGAAAAAGCUCCCCAGAGACAUUAUUGGUCUGCUCACAGGGAUGUACACGAUGCUGAAACCAACUCUACUGCUGUCUUGGCUUCAGUAACAGCUGUGUAAGAGAAAGAAGCUUUUUUUCACUGGUCCACAAGAAAUUAGUUUUUUUUUAUAUAUUUAUACUGUACAUAUUUCAUCUUAAAAUUUGCAGUUUGUUACAUACAGUUUGUUUUAGUUAGAAACCAGCGCCCAUAGUGGUGAGGACUGUUUCUUCAGUUCGAUGCUGUAUGAGCUGUAGACCGAACGUCAGUAUCAUUUAGACUCUCGCAGCACCAUCCUUUUAUUUACUGUCAUUCUGUAAAUAGUGUAGUUAGAUUGCGUAUAUUUUCUGAUGAACCGCCACAACGUGGAUUGGUUGGAAAUAUGUAAUUUGAGCAUAAUGUUGCAUUUGUUAUGAAGCAAAGCCAAUGUACAGACGAUAAGCUGUUUUUUUCUUCUUUUUUUUGCAGUUGUAUUUUCUAUUGUCCAUAAUAAAUUAAGAUUAAAGUAAUUUUUCUACUAAU